UGAUACUGGUAAUGAUAUUGUUUUGUUAAAAUGAUGCAGACUGGGGAGGAGGAGGAAGAGGAAGAGGAGGUUGAGAGGAGGAGUUAAGGGAUAAUUUAAAGAAAUGUUGUGUGUGUUUGUGGGGUAAAGGUUAAGUAGGAAUGUUUUCAGUGCAGGAAAGCUUGGUGGUAGAUGAGGGAAGGAGAGAGGGAGUGUUCGUAAUGCUAGGGCUGGUGCGUGGUUGAAGGAGCCGAGUGAGGGGAGAGGCUGGGAAGGAUCGCGUGCAAUGCUUGAGUGAUUGAUGACAGCUGAGGCACCGAGGGUGUGAGGGAGGCACGGGGGAGGGCGUCAGGGAGUGUUUGUAGUGUGGGAAGGGUCUUGAGAGGCGAGGGGUGGAGUUAAGGAGUUGAUUGACUGGAUUAAGGCGCUGCGACACUUGAGUCAUACGGGGUUGGUAGGCGGGGGGUGGAGAGAAGCUAUGGGAAGGUAUUGCCUUUAGCGGGACGCGUGGGAGAAUGAGAGAAGUGAGUGAAUCAUACCCAGCAGGAGAGCGCUGACCUACCGCCGAGGACAUGGUGAAGUGAUGCAGGACGACAGCGGAGUUCAGAGUCCAUGCCGUGUCCUCCUGAAGAAUUUGUGUUCAUGAGCGAUGUUUUGAGGGUACGUACGUGAGGUCCGCCACGCCUGUGUCCCCGCUCCUCGUCCUCGGCCCUGCCCGCGUCCCGAGUGUCCUGCUGCCUCACCUGGCGCCCCAGGAUUGCAGCGUACGGCACGGCAGCCUCCGUCGUCGUGCUCCGUGUUGCGGUGACGGAGUGUCUUAGGAAGGGCCGACCAGCGGUGACCAGCCCAGCUCCCCACACGGCUGCGCUCUGAGGUGGUGACGCGCGCCUGUUGCUCAGUGUUCCUUUGGAGUGGCUUGGCAGGGUCACCGGAGUAAUCAGCUGGGACGGGUUACAAAUGCAAGGAGGUAAACAGGCUGAGGGGGAGUGUAUCGGUGGCGCGGACCAGCCAGCCAGGCAGGCAGCCAGGCAGGCGAGGGGCGCACGCGUCCUGUGCCGGAAUCAAUAAAGGGCGCGUGUAGCCUCCGUGGGCCCAGUGUGAUGGUGAGCGUGUGCCAGUGAGGACAGCUGAGCGGGAUGUGAACCCUUGGCUGCAGCCCAGCGCGCUCUGCCAUCUACCGACAGGAUGGGCUCUGGGUGGGCGGUGGCGGUGACUGUGGUGGGCGGGGCGAGCAUCGUGGCGCUGCUGGGUCUGCUGGGGCGCUACCUUGGGGUGUGGACGUGGGCCCUGGCGUGGGUGAGGGCCGCCAGGGAGGAGAAGGUGCACCUCUGCAGGACUGAGCGAAACACCAGUACUCGAAGCUACCUGUUCGACAGUGACCUGGACUGGAUCGGGCUGUGGCCACGCACUGGGUCGUACAAGCGCUUCACCAACCUGGACGACCUCCCCAGUGUUCCCAGCAUGGACGACUCCAUUCGCCAAGCCGACGAGCCAGACCUGCCGCCUCAGCCCCUGCGCCCCGCCCCCGCACCCCCGCCCAGGCUCCCCGGGUGGUCAGACAGCGGCGGGGAGGGGUCAGCGUCCCCGGCCAGCAGCGUGGGGGGCUUCGGGGCGGGCGUGGAGACCCCUCCCGAACCUUCCAGACCAGCGCCAGUCCUGGACCGAAGGGACUCCAACCGCUCGCUGACUGGCAGGCUUUCCAGGAGGGAUUCGAGCAAGGAACUCCUGGCGGCGUCGCAGCAGAGCAGCCCCAAGCGGCCCUCCACCAACCCCUUCCGGGCCUCCUGGGUGCCGCCUGACGAAGCUUCGGAGGCGCCGCUCGCCCAGAACACUGUGGUGGAGGAGGCGAGGCCCGUCCAGACUACCGAGGGCUUGACGUUGGUGAAGGGGGCCGACUACCAUUCACCGCCCUCCUAUGGGGCCACCACAGCAGGCGCCCCUCCGCCCCCCACCUACUCUGCGGUCUCCACAGCCCCACCAAGCACUGCGGUUAUCACUUCCGCAGCAACCGCGCCUUUCUAUGCCUCCUCAAGCACCGCACCUUUCACGGUCCCAUCAAGCACUGCAGUGUGCACAGCCCCGGCAAGCACGGCAGCCACCACGUCUUUCUAUACCUCCCCGAGCACUGCAGCGUUCACAGCACCAUCAAGUACCGCAAUGUUCACGGCACCAGUUAGCACUACAGCGUUCACGCCCCCACCAAGCAGUGCAGCUUUCGCAGUCUCAGGAAGAACUGCGGCCACCACGUCCCCAGCAACCACUGUGUCUUUCUAUGCUUCUUCAAGCACUGCAGCGUUCACAGCCACACCAAGCACUGCAACGUUCACAGCACCUGCCUGUGCUGCAGGUUUUACAGCACCAGCAAGCACUGCAGCGUUAACAGCAUCAUCAAGCACUGCAGUGUUCACACCCACACCAAGCACUACACCGUUCACGGUCCCAGCAAGCACUGCAGCGUUCACAGCCGCAGCAAGCACCACAGCUUUCACAGCCCCAUUAAGCACUGCUGCGUUCACAACCACAGCAAGCACCUCAGCUUUCACAGCCUCACUAAACACUGCAGCGUUCACAGCCAAAGCAAGCACCACAGCUUUAACAACCCCAGCAAGUACGACAGAAUUUACAUCCCCAGCAAGUACUGGCACUGCAGUGUUCACACCACCAGCAAGCACUGCGCCUUUAUCUCCGGCAAGUACCUUAGCGUUCACAUCGCCAACAAGCACUGCAGCGUUCACAGCGACAGCAAGCACCGCAGGGUUCACAGCGCCAGCAAGCACCGCAGGAUUCACAGCUCUAGCAAGUACUAGAGCUUUUACAUCCGCAGCAAGCACUGAGGGUUUCACAGCCCCAGCAAAUACCAAAGUGUUCACAGCCCCAGCAAGUACCACGUCUUUCUAUGCCCCCUCAAGUACAGCAGUGUUCACUGCCCCAGCAAGCACUGCAGCUUUCACAGCUUCACUAAACGCCUUGUCUUUCCAAACUUCCUCCACUACCGCGGCGUUCAGCGCUCCGCCAAGCACCGUAACGUUCACCGCCGCGGCGAGCACUGCAGUAGUUACUGCCGCGGCAAGUACCACGUCUUUCUAUGAUUCAAGCGGCGCUGCAUUCUCGUCAAGCUCCGCGGAUCUCUCACCUUUCUCACACUCCACGCUCUCCUUCACCUCGACCACCACGGCCGCCGCGCCGCCGGCCCCGCCGCCUCAUACAGCUGUGACCGACUCUUCCUUGUCUCAUUCCUUCUCCGGGAACUUGAUGGACCUCAACUCCCCCAUCAAACCCGAGGAGGGGGAGGGCGUGGGCGGUCCGGGGCCGCUCCUCAACGGGCCUGGGGAAGGGCACUGGCCGGGUGAGGGGAAGACUAAGGAGGCUGGGAAAGAAGGAAUGAAGGCGGCACGGGACUUCAGCUCGCCUCAGCCUCAGCAGCCCCACACGAGCCUCGCGCCUCAGGCCAAUGGGGUCGUGGACAGUAGUGACCGCGCGAACAGUGACGCCGAUAACAUAUCACAAGACAUUACGAGCCGCAAAGCAGACACUGGCGUGACUAAGAGUUACGUGUUACAAAACUAUGAAAGCCCCUCCGGGACCAACGAAGUGUUUGCGAGUGGACCUUCCAGUGGUGUGUUCAGUUAUGAUAGGUUGAGCAGCGGGGUGAGCACCGCGGCGCCGCGACCCGCCUCGCCAAGGACUGGCGAGCCGCUCACGCCUCAGGUUUCAACGGAGCUGUCCUCGCGAGACUCCGUGGGCAGCCCGGAAUUGGGGAGGAGCUAUGAGGUGCCCGCCACGCCCCCCAACACGGCCACUAACCCCUACUCGCCCCACUCCCCGCACAUCUCUUCGCGCCUGGCGGAGGUGGAGGCGCGGAUGAAACAACUUGGGGCCACUAUGGAGCACCCCCGUGAUACCUCGCAGGACUGGUGGCCCACAGACACCUCCUCCAGGAGGGAACAGACUCUGCAGGGCAGCAGGGACAGCGGGAAGAACACUUUUUUCGGGAGUGUGGACAGUGGUGGAGGGGAGAGGCAGCCUGGGGGACUGGGGAGAGUAGAGGAGGAGGUUUCCUCCACCGAGCAGAGUGAGAGUGGUGUGGGUGUGCUGGGUGACAUGGAGGACGAGGAUGAGAGCACGAGGCGGGUGCGUGAGUACAUUGCGUCCCUGAGUGCCCGCCUGCGUCAGCUGCCCGACGAGGAGGACCUCAUGCACGGCCCUCUCGACCACUUGGGCACGCCGCCACCGUCAACCGCCCUGCCCAUCACGCCUCCGCACUCGGCGACAAAGUCCUUCUCUCAAGGCUCCACAGAGACACCCCCGAGCUCGGCGGGACCUUUCAGCGCCUUCAGUAGCACCCGGGCCACGGUGAGCGGCACGCCCCCCAGCUCUGCAGGCCUCAGAGGCUCCUUCACCAGCAGGCGUGCCUCCAUGGACGCCUCGCUGUCCCCGGUGUCACCUGGCCUCGGCAUCAACCGCAGAUUGUCUCUGGACACACCUCCGAGUUCGGCCGGACUGGUCACCUCCACACCGCCCAACUCCGCCGCUUCCCUCGCCACCUUCGCCGAUACACCGCCCAGCUCCGCCGGCUACUCCAGCUCGGGGCCAAACUCCGCCGAUCUGUCUGGCAGUUUUGACGGAGGCAUGGCAGGUGGGCCAGGACAUGGAUCCACGCUGAAAAGAGCCAUGUCCUGCGACUCCGUCAGUUCGGACACUUCCGUCACGCUGGGGGAGCUGGAGGACACGUUCGGCCAGGUGACGGGCCAGCUCGCCGUCCAGCUCAUCUACGACCGCAGUACUCGAGCAGCAACAAGGGAGGGUCGCGAGGUGAUCUGUCUUGCUGGAGGACCCGUCUGGUAUCCCGUGGAGGUGGAGGUGUUGGUAUAUAGCACGGGAAGGAUAUGCAUUGCCUGUGUGUCCCUCGGGAAGGCCCUGCGUUUGAAGAAUGGUGCAGCGUGGCGGGUACAGAGGUGACAGUGAUUGGAUGUGGCAAGCAGGGAAGGAGUAUAGCACGCGUCGUGAAAGAAAUUGACACUACUGGAAAAGAAAUGACACUGCUUUGUCUAAACUACUGGUUGAAUCGAGUCUUGCAGUCCAUAGUCUUUUUUUUUUUUUUAAGUUGAUAUUGUUUGGUUAUACAGCACUGGGUGAUUAGUAAAGGUGAUUUAUUAUGACAGUUCUUCCCUUCCGAUUUGUGUUCAGGGUCAAAUAUAUAUGUGUGGUACCUUUAUUAAGUAUAUACAUGAUGCCUUUAGAGAACUGUAUGUGUACAACAUGAAAUCAAAGUAACAAAUAACGUUGCGUGUGGCAGGGCGAAAGUAUAGUAGUGGUAGUGGUGAAGGUACUGAGUUUUGAUUAGAAUGACACGGUUCUCAAAUAUAUAUGUGGUACCUUUAGAGAACAAUGGACACACAACAUCCUUCCAGAAUAACAGUGCUCGGAAUUACAUGGUUCUUGAAUAUAUACAUGGUACUUGUAGAGAAAAAAUAAACUAUUUAUACUCGUAUACAACAUGCCUUCAGAAUUACGAUGCUUGUCUAACUUAUACUUGUAGAGAUGAAAAAGUGUAGUGAAUCUAAUACUUAUUGGUGGUGUUGAAGUGAAUGAGUGAGUAAGUAAAUCAGUAAAUUUUCUCCAUUCUUAUUUGUUGCUUACUUGUUGUCCAGGUGAGGU